AACGCAUUUUUCUGAUUCAAAUUCAAAUCAAACGCAUUAGAUCGGUUACAUUGCAAUAGAACCACCUUUUCUUUUCCAUCUCAGUAAAAUAAAAACCAGCGUUGUUUUUCGUAAUUACAGAAUUUAAAAAUGGAAGAAAUCAUCAAGGAACAACCAUCUGCUGAUGUUUCUGGCAAUUCUGGGAAACCUAAACUUCUAAGAUAUGCGCUGCGUUCGUCCAACAAAUCCAAGGAACAGAAGCCGGAUGCAUCUGAUUGUACCAAUCCUUCUCAAUCUAAGAGAGUGAGAAGUACUCCAAAUGUAAGCAAAAGUGUUGGUGUUCUUGAUUUCUCUGGCAAGGACAAAUCUUCAAGUGCUAAACCGCCAAGAAGGCUCUCCAUUCCUGUCAAAGGAUCUGCCACUCCAAGUUCAAAGCUAGUUGGCAACAUAACUCCAAUCUCAGAGACAAGGUCAAGGAGAUCUGGUAAUGGACAAGGACCCCAAACCAGAAUCAAAACACCUGUUUCUGACAUUUUUAAAUCAUCCGGUCGAGUGAAGUUUAGUCUCUUAUCUUCUGCUUCGUAUUGGUUAAGCCAAAUCAAGCUCUCUGAAUCUGCUAACAAGCACUCCAUUUCACUUGGAUUCUUCAAACUAGCCUUGGAGGCAGGAUGUGAGCCCUUCCAGAAACUACAAGAUGAGUUGAAGUCUUACAGUCGCCGACACGAGCUUGCUGAAUUUGGGGAACCACUGAAAGAACUACUAGAAAGCUAUAAAAUUGCAGAAUUCAUAGAGCAGCCUCAAGUUUCUCAAAGUAUUUCACAGAUGCCAGAAGAAGGAACUAAAUCUUCUGAUGAUGAACUACACUGCUACUCUUCUUCUACCGUGGCUGAGGUUAAACUGACACCCAAGUGCUUAGACACUGAUUCAACUCAGCCUGCUACUACUCCUGUUACUACCAUAGAGUCAACCAAGAAGGAAACUAACCAAAAGAAAAAUCUUGGAUCCAAGUUGAGAGAAAAUUUCAGAAUGAACUCUGCAAAUUCAAAAUCUGCUUCUGAUAGCACAAAUCAUAGAUCAGUUAAAAAGUCAGAAAAGCCAAGUAAACCUGACACCAAUAAGAGCAGUGUCAAGAGACAUGGAAAGAAAUCUGAUGCUAAAGAAGUUCCUGUUAGUCCUGCUACAAGUACUGGAGAAAAAGAAAAUAUGGAUGUUGGGAUCGUUGAUGCUGCUUUGACUGAAGUCGUGUAACAAUGCUUUUGGGCUUGCAGUUCUGAAUUUUGUCAUAUCAUUCUCAAACUUUGUUUGGUUGUUUAUAAUGUUCUAUUUGUGUGGAGUUCGAUCUUUAUAGGAGUACAAAUACAGAUGAAAAAUUGAUUUCUUCUUGUUCGUCCCUUUAUUGUUGUUAAUGAAACCAAGUUGUAUUGGAUAUUAUGGUUUGUCUAUAAUACUCUAUAGUUGAGUUUUAUUGUAUUUGUGGAUGGAAACAACAGCUUGAGAUAAAUUUGAACCUUUUGUGAAUUUUUAGUGAGAA